GAGGCGGAAGCAGCCAAGCCCUCACUGACACUCAUCAGGCUCCUUGUGCUCCCUUCUUCUGAGUACAGCAUGUAUACUAACUCUGCGUGCCCAGACCCACUAGGGUACAUGGAGGAGGAGGAUGAUGAUGACUAUGAGAACACGGCACCACCCUACAAGGACCUUCCACCCAAGCCAGAAGGGUCCGUGGGUGAGGAUGAUGAUGAUGACUAUGAGAACACGGCAACACCCUACAAGGACCUUCCACCCAAGCCAGGUUUGAUUGUUCCGCCACGGCCCCCAAGGGCAGAAAAGAAAUCAGAGAACCCUCCUCUUCCUUGUAAGCCUCCAAAGACAACAGGCCUGGACCUCACCCCUGUCCCCUGUGUACCUUCUCAACUGGGCAUCAAUCUGGAGCCUCCACCGUUUCAACCGUCCCUUGCUGCAACUCCAGUGCCUUGGCUCAGUCAGAAGUCUGGAAGUCCUGGGUACUGCCAGGAGGAGAGGCUGAUGGUGUACCUGUGUGUGUUGGUGGUGGUGUCACUGCUCUUGGGCUGUGUCAGUCUGACUGUGACACUAAUUAAGUACCAGGAGGUGAUGGAAGAACUGAGGAUGUUAACCUUUCAACAGAUGGUGUGGCAGGCAAAUGUGACUGGCAUGGCAGGACUAGCUGGUCUGAGGAAGGACAUUGAUCGUGUCAGAGCUGGCACCAACCAGUCCCUGGUGGAACUUCAGGGCUUAUUAGAAUGUACCAGAGUCACCUGUCCUGAAGGCUGGGUCCCUUUUGAAGGCAAGUGUUACUACUUCUCCCCAAGCACCAAGUCAUGGGAUGAAGCCCGGAAGUUCUGCCAGGAGAAUUACUCUCACUUGGUGAUUAUCAGUAACUUUGCUGAGCAGAAUUUUGUGGCCAAGGCUCACCGCUCCCCACGGGUCUACUGGCUGGGACUGCAUGACAAACACAAAGAAGGAGACUGGAGGUGGCUGGAUGGGUCACCUGUUACAUUAAGCUUCUGGGACCCAGAGGAACCCAAUAAUAUGAAUGAAGAGGACUGUGCCAGCAUGAACAAAGGUGGCAGCUGGAAUGAUCUCUCUUGUGACAAAACUACAUACUGGAUUUGUGAGCGGAAAUGUUCCUGUUGAAUCUUAAAGAUGAGAAUCUCCUGCUCUUUCAUAAAGUCUUGCCUCUUCAUGAACUGACGUGGAUGUGCCCUAAACAUGUUGUGAUAAGCACCCUGGGUGUAGUAAGUUCCCAGAGAUACACAUCAAGCCAUUACCAGGUUGAAGACCUAGACUCACCCAAAUGGAUGGUGAGCUGGAAGGACGUCCAGGGCUUGGUCUCAUUCUGGGGUCUAAAGGACAUUCACCAUGUUUCUGAUUAUGGCUCUUGGGAAAUGAUGCUGGUUCUGGGGGCUCUGAGUCAGACAUUGAAACUGGGAUGAAAUAUCCAGACUCGGGGCGGCGCCUGUGGCUCAGUCGGUAAGGUGCCGGCCCCAUAUACCGAGGGUGGCGGGUUCAAACCCGGCCCCAGCCAAACUGCAACCAAAAAAUAGCCGGGCGUUGUGGCGGGCGCCUGUAGUCCCAGCUACUUGGGAGGCUGAGGCAAGAGAAUCGCUUAAGCCCGGGAGUUGGAGGUUGCUGUGAGCUGUGUGAUGCCACGGCACUCUACCAAGGGCCAUAAAGUGAGACUCUGUCUCUACAAAAAAAAAAAAAAAAAAAAAGAAAUAUCCAGACUCUGCAGAACCAGAAUGAACUGGGACUGGGCUCCCUUAUUGCCUAUCUGAUAUGGACCAACUUCUGGGAAGUGGAUAGGACAACAGUGUUUUUGAUAAGCAAUGUUCUUGAUGUCUUAGAUGAGGUUUGCCCAAUCCAGGUGCCAAUACCUGGCCCAGAAACUUCUAGAAAGGUAUAAAAGUUGAAAAGCAAGACCUCAACUCAGGUCAGAUCCACAGGGCAGUGAUGGAGAUAUCUGCCUACAUGUACCUGGGCUGUCUGUGUGUUGUGAAGAUCUUUGAUGAUGUAAUUCACUUUAUUUCUGUGUGGACUUUCUUGGGGUAUUAGCUCUUGGCAAUGUUAUUGCUUCUCAAAAUGCCCCUUCGUUGGGUGGUCCUUGACCACUACGUAUUAACUUUCUGGGGUUGCCACAACAAAGUAUUGGGUGGCUUAAAUGACACAAAUUUACUUUUUCUCAAUUCUGGAGGCUGGACGUCUAAGAUCAGGUUGUGGGUGAAGUUGGUUUCUUUGAGGCUUCUUUCCUCCGUUUGUAGAUGAUCAUCUCUCUGUAUCUUCACAUGGUUGUUUCUCUCUGUGUGUCCUAAUGUCCUUUUCCUGCUCUUUCUUCUAUUUUUAAUUUUAGAGGUAGGGUCUCACUCUGUUUCCUAGGCUGGAGUAUAAUGGCACAGUCAUAGCUCACUGCAGCCUUGAACGCCUGGGCUCAAGCAAUUCGCCUGCCUCAGCUUCCAAAGUAGCUGGGACUCAGGCAUGCACCACCAUGCUUGGCUAAUACUUUCAUUUUUUUAGAGAUGGGGUCUCACUAUUUUUCCCAGGUUCGUGUCGAACUCUGGGCCUCAAGCAAUCUUUCCUCUUUGACCUACCAAAGUGCUAGGGUUACAGGUGUGAAUCACCACACCCAACCCUCAAUUACCUCUUGAAAGACUCUAUCUCCAAAUGCAGCCAUAUUCUGAGGUAGUUGGAAUUAGGAUUUGAACAUAUGUGUUUUGAGGGAACACAAUUCAGCCCUUGACUCUCACAGAAAUUCCAGAAGUAGCCCCCUGAUCCUCGUGAGAACCAGAAAUCACCACUUAGAGGACUGGCACUACUCCCACUUAAGCACAACUUGAUGUGGCAAUCCCUUUGUAUAAUCCCUGAAUUGUUUCCAAGAAUGGGUAGGUAGACAUUUUCCAAACCA